AAAAAACAAUAACCAAUGGUUAUAUACAACGAAGCAAUCAUGAAAAGUAAAACAGGAGGUCUUAAGGGUUUUAAAACAUUAUGGAUUCGAUUUGACGAAGAAACUACAGACAAGCACCAACUAUUUUUUAAGGAGCAUUCAAUUAGAAAUCAAGAAUCUAUACAUCCUAAAGGAAGAACACUAUUUCUAUUAAAUAUUCCUCCUUAUAUUACACAUAAAGCAUUAAUUAAAAUAUUCAGUGAUUUGUGUGGAACUGUUUCUAAAGUUUAUUUUGUAACUCCUAAAGGAUUUAAAACUGCAUAUAUAGUUUUUGAAAAAGAAUCUGAUUUAGAGAAAGCAUUAGAAAUUUCUGAAAACUAUGUAAUAACAUUAAAUAAAGAAAAAAAGAUUUGUUUUACAGGAGUGGAAAAAUGGUGCUUAAACUAUAACCGUUCAAUAUGUAAUGAGAAGGAAAUGAAAAAGAAAAUUGAAACGUAUAUGCAGAACUAUGAUCAAAAAAUUUCUGAGAAAAUAGCGAAAGAAAAAGCUAUGGAGGAAGAAGCAGAAAAUGAUGGUUGGGUAACAGUAACAGGACGAAAGAAGAGAGGACAGUUUGCACUUUCCAGGAAAGAAUCUACUAUUAAUAAAGUGCAACGCAAAGAAGAACAAAAAAAUAAGAAAAAGCAAUUGCUUAACUUUUAUACUUUCCAAAUUCGGGAAAGUAAAAGACAGAAUUUAGCAGAGUUAAGGAAGAAGUUCGAAUUAGACAAAAAGAGAUUACAAGAUCUAAAAUCUAAGAGAACGUUUAAGCCAUUUUGAGAUUGUAUGUAUAACAUAGAUUAAUCAUAUCAACGUGAAAUAUAUAUUUAUUAUAUU